AUGGCCGCUGAGAUCCCCGCUAAGCAAAAGGCCCUCAUCUUCGACCAGCCUGGUACGGUCUCGACGAAGCUCGUCGAGAUCGAUGUGCCAGAGCCCGGUGCCGGCGAGGUCCUGAUCAACCUAACACACUCAGGCGUGUGUCACUCUGACCUUGGUGUCAUGACCAACACAUGGCGCAUGCUCCCAUACCCAACCCAACCCGGCCAAGUAGGUGGCCACGAAGGCGUUGGCACAGUAGUGAAGUUCGGCCCCGGCGCUGAGAACUCAAACCUCAAGAUCGGCGAUCGAGUCGGCGUUAAAUGGAUUGCCAGCGCAUGCGGACAUUGUCAACCCUGCGGCAUCGGCGCCGACGGCCUAUGCUUCAACCAGAAAAUCUCCGGCUACUACCACCCCGGCACAUUCCAACAAUACACCGUCGGACCAGCCAACUACGUCACCCCAAUCCCCGACGGCCUCGACUCCGCCGAGGCAGCCCCUCUCCUCUGCGCCGGCGUCACCGUCUACUCAGCACUGAAGCGCAGCAACGCCCGCCCAGGCCAAUGGGUCGUGAUCUCCGGCGCCGGUGGCGGCCUAGGCCACCUCGCAGUGCAGCUCGCCAGUCGGGGGAUGGGUCUCCGCGUGAUCGGCAUCGACCACGGCAGCAAAGAGGGGUUAGUGAAUGACUCCGGGGCGGAGCAUUUCGUCGAUAUCACACAAUUCCCGCGGGACGACAAUGGCGACGCACUGGCGAAGCAUGUGCAGUCGUUGACGGAGGGGCUGGGCGCUCAUGCGGCGAUUGUGUGCACUGCUGUGAACGGUGCGUAUGCGCAGGCGUUGCCGCUUCUGCGGUUCAAUGGUACGCUGGUCUGUGUGGGGGUUCCGGAGAACGAUCCGCAGGCGAUUGCGACGGCGUAUCCGGCUACGAUGAUUAGCAAGCAUUUGCAUAUUACGGGGUCGGCGGUGGGGAAUCGGACGGAGGCUAUUGAGACGAUGGAGUUUGCUGCGCGGGGGGUGAUUAAGGUGCAUUAUCGGACUGAGAAGAUGGAGGCUUUGACGGAGGUGUUUAAGGAGAUGGAGGAGGGUAAGCUGCAGGGGAGGGUUGUUUUGGAUCUUUCUGGGUGA